CGCUUCCUCUCCGGAUUCAAGCAAUACUUCACGAUGCCCAGAGAAAUCAUUAGUAUUCAGGCAGGCCAGUGUGGGAAUGCCGUAGGGUCUUCCUUUUGGCAAACACUCUGUCAAGAGCAUGGAAUCUCACCUGACGGUAACCUCGAGGCUGUCGAAGAAGGAACGGAUCGAAAGGAUGUUUUCUUUUACCAAUCCGACGAUACGCGAUACAUUCCACGCGCAAUCCUACUAGAUCUCGAACCUAGGGUCAUCCACGGAAUCCAAACGGGCCCAUAUAAAAACAUUUACAAUCCGGAAAAUUUUCACGUUCCGAAACAUGGCAGUGGUGCUGGGAACAACUGGGCAGCAGGUUUCUCCGCCGGUGAGACGGUGUACGAGGAAGUUAUGGAGAUGAUUGAACGUGAGGCAGACGGUAGCGAUUCUCUGGAGGGAUUCAUGCUCUUGCAUUCUAUCGCCGGGGGUACAGGGUCGGGUCUUGGAUCGUUCCUACUGGAAAGGCUCAACGACAGGUUUCCGAAGAAGAUUAUACAGACUUAUUCGGUGUUCCCGGAUACGCAGAGCGUGGGAGACGUCGUUGUUCAGCCGUACAACAGUAUUCUCGCCAUGCGGCGGCUUACUGAAAAUGCCGACUCCGUCGUUGUCUUGGAUAAUGGUGCGUUGACGCGUAUUGCUGCGGAUAGAUUACAUGUUCAACAGCCGUCUUUUGCGCAGACGAAUCAACUGGUGUCGACUGUGAUGUCGGCUAGCACAACUACACUCAGAUACCCGGGAUAUAUGCACAACGAUCUCGUCGGAAUCAUUGCUUCACUGAUCCCAACACCCCGGUGUCAUUUCUUGAUGACUUCUUAUACUCCCUUUACAAGUGAUAUUGUGGACCAGGCGAAAACGGUCCGGAAAACCACGGUUCUUGAUGUUAUGCGCCGACUCCUACAGCCCAAAAACCGCAUGGUUAUGACAAACACCACUAAGAACAGCUGUUACAUUUCCAUUCUGAAUAUCAUUCAGGGAGAGGCCGAUCCGACAGAUGUUCAUAAAUCGCUCCUCAGAAUCCGUGAGCGUCGACUAGCAACCUUUAUUCCAUGGGGCCCUGCAAGCAUCCAGGUCGCUUUGACUAAGAAGUCACCUCACAUGCCAAUGUCCCAUCGUGUUAGCGGACUUAUGCUUGCGAAUCACACAAGUAUUGCAACUUUGUUUAAACGAAUCUUGGGACAAUACGAUCGCCUUCGAAAGCGAAAUGCAUUCUUGGAACAGUACAAGAAGGAACCAAUAUUUGCCAAUGACCUCGGAGCGUUUGACGAAGCAAGGGCGACGGUGGCGGAUCUAAUAGCCGAAUACGAAGCUGCGGAGAGUGCAGAUUAUCUCAACCCCCCGCCGGAAAAAGGUGCAGAGAAAUCGUGA